GCCGGCCCGGCGGGGCACCCGGGCCGCCGCCCGCACCUGCCGCCGCCCCCGCGUCUCCUGGCCGCCGCGGCGGGACCCCGCGGAGCGGAGCGGGGCGUGCCGCCGCCCCUUGCCCCGAGGAGCCGGCCACGCUCUCUUCCCUCCUGCUUCCUCACUGUGGUGGCUGGGCUGUUUCUCCCAUGACUCUCUGCGCCUAGACCUGGCUGCCCUGUGCCUUUGCCAAUCAAACCCGAACCUCCUCCUCUGACAGUGAAGAGAGUGGCUCCCCUCUGCUGGGUUAUUUUUCUUCCCCUCACCCUGACACCAAGCCGCCUUCACUUGUGCCUCCCUGCGCCCCCCGCCCUGCCCGUCCCGGGCACCCGUCACCCAUGGACGACUCGGAAGUGGAGUCGACCGCCAGCAUCCUUGCCUCUGUCAAGGAGCAGGAGGCGCAGUUCGAGAAGCUGACCCGGGCGCUCGAGGAGGAACGGCGCCAUGUCUCUGCUCAGCUGGAACGAGUCCGGGUCUCCCCGCAGGAUGCCAGCCCGGGCUUGGCCAACGGCACGCUCACCCGGCGGCACCAGAACGGCCGUUUCUUGGGCGAUGCUGACCUGGAGAGGCAGAAGUACCCAGAUCUGAAACUCAACGGGCCGCAGGACCACAGCCACCUCUUGUACAGCACGAUCCCCAGAAUGCAGGACCCGGGCCAGAUCGUGGAGGAGACCUACACCAUGGAGGAGGACCCCGAAGGGGCCAUGUCGGUCGUGUCCGUGGAGACAUCGGACGACGGGACGACCCGACGCACAGAGACCACGGUGAAGAAAGUGGUGAAGACUGUGACCACCCGGACAGUGCAGCAGGUCCCCGUGGGACCUGACGGGUUACCCUUGGAAACCUCCCCGGUCACCAGCAACUACGUCCAGACCAUGGACAGGAACUUCCGCAAGAACGGCAACGGGGGCCCCGGCGGCUACCUGAGCCAGCCAGGCACGGCCACCCUCCCUCGCAACUACCACUACCCCGAUGGCUACGGCCGCCCCUACGAGGACGGCUACCCAGGCAGCGACCACAGCUACGGCAGCCUGUCCCGCGUCACCCGCAUCGACGAGCGCUAUCGCCCCUCCAUGGACACCUACCGGGCCCCCAGCCGCCAGGACGUCUACGGCCCCCAGCCCCAAGUGCGCGUUGGGGGCAGCAACAUGGACCUCAACCACUUCCACCCGGAGCCGUACGGCCUGGAGGAUGACCAGCGCAGCGUGGGCUUCGAAGAUGUGGACUACGGGCUUAUGUCCGACUACGGCACGGCCAGGCGGGCAGGGACCCCAUCCGAUCCCCGGCGUCGGCUCAGGAGUUACGAAGACAUGCUGGUGGACGAAGUGGCCCCUGACCGGUACUACUGGGCCCCCUUGGCUCAGCACGAGCGGGGCAGCUUGGCCAGCCUGGACAGCCUGCGUAAGGGGGCCCCGGCCCCGGGCAACUGGCGCCAGCCGGAGCUGCCGGAGGUCAUAGCCAUGCUGAGUUUCCGGCUGGACGCCGUCAAGUCCAACGCGGCCGCCUACCUGCAGCACCUCUGCUACCGCAACGACAAGGUGAAGACGGAGGUGCGCAAGCUGAAGGGCAUUCCCGUGCUGGUGGGAUUGCUGGACCACCCCAAGAAGGAGGUGCAUUACGGGGCCUGUGGGGCCCUCAAGAACAUCUCCUUUGGCAAGGACCAAGACAACAAGAUCGCCAUCAAGAACUGCGAUGGGGUACCUGCCCUGGUGCGCCUGUUGCGAAAGGCCCAUGACAUGGACCUCACGGAGGUGAUCACAGGAACGCUGUGGAAUCUGUCCUCGCACGACUCCAUCAAGAUGGCCAUCGUGGAUCACGCGCUGCAUGCCCUGACCGAUGAGGUGGUCAUUCCCCGCUCGGGCUGGGAGCGGGAGCCCAAUGAGGACUCAAAACCCCGCCAUAUCGAGUGGGAAUCUGUGCUCACUAACACCGCUGGCUGCCUUAGGAACGUGAGCUCGGAGCGGAGCGAGGCCCGUCGGAAGCUGCGGGAAUGCGACGGGCUGGUGGAUGCCCUGAUCUACAUCGUCCAGUCCGAGAUUGGCCAGAAGGACUCGGACAGCAAGCUGGUGGAGAACUGUGUGUGCCUGCUGCGAAACUUGUCCUACCAAGUCCAUCGUGAGAUCCCCCACGCUGAGCGCUACCAGGAGACACCCCUGGCCCCUGCCAACAACACCGGGCCCCAUGCUGCCAGCUGCUUUGGUGCCAAGAAGGGCAAAGACGAAUGGUUCUCCAGAGGUAAAAAGGCCCCAGAAGACCUUGGUGCUGAUACAGUGGAUUUCCCUAAAAGAACAACUCCAGCCAAAGGCUAUGAGCUGCUCUUCCAGCCAGAAGUGGUCCGGAUAUACAUCUCCCUGUUAAAGGAAAGCAAGACUCCGGCUAUCCUAGAGGCUUCGGCAGGAGCCAUCCAGAAUCUGUGUGCGGGCCGUUGGACGUACGGCCGGUGCAUCCGUUCAGCGCUCCGCCAGGAGAAGGGGCUCUCCGCCAUCGCCGACCUCCUGACCAACGACAGCGAGCGCGUCGUGAAAGCGGCGUCCGGAGCCCUGCGCAACCUGGCUGUCGACUUGCGGAACAAAGAGCUGAUAGGUAAACAUGCCAUCCCCAACCUAGUGAAGAACCUACCUGGAGGCCAGCAGACGCCAGCCAAAAACCUCUCGGAAGACACAGUGGUGUCGAUCCUCAACACUAUCAACGAGGUCAUCGUGGACAACCUCGAGGCCGCCAAGAAGCUGCGGGAAACGCAGGGGAUUGAGAAGUUGGUGCUGAUCAACAAAUCUGGGAACCGCUCGGAGAGAGAAGUCCGAGCUGCUGCCCUCGUCUUGCAGACGGUCUGGGGCUAUAAGGAGCUGCGGAAGCCACUGGAGAAGGAAGGCUGGAAGAAGUCAGAUUUCCAGGUGAACCUCAGCAACACCUCUCGGACCCAGGGGGGCAACUCUUUUGAUGACAGCACCUUGCCUCUCAUCGACCGAAACCAAAAAGCAGACAAAAAAUCCUCCCGGGAGGAGAUCCAGAUGAGCAACAUGGGACCAGACAACUAUUCCACACUCAACGAGAGGGACCACAGCAGGACGUUGGAGCGAUCCGGUGACCUUGGAGACAUGGAGCCGGUGAAGGCAGCGCCUUUGAUGGAGGAGGGGCAGGAAUCGCAGCCUGAGGUAGAGGAGGCGGAGGAGGAUGCUGCCAUGUCUUACCCCGUGUCGCAGAAGAUCUAGCCGCCGUCCCUGCCUCCACUCAGUUUGGGUUGAUAAUAUAUUAUAUAUAUAUAUAUAAUAACUCUUCGUGGUGGAAUGGACUGAUUUUUACCUUAUUUUUGUUUUUCUGCUGGACUGUUUGUGCCAACUAGCCAGCCAAAGGCCUGGGCCUGGGCCCCGCUGGGGGGGGCGGCCCAGGCCCCUCUGCCGCCUCUAGACAGCUGCACCUCCCCGUGCCGGGGCGUCUUUAUCAAUACUUCUUCCUCCCUGUGCUCCGCCACCUCCUUCCUCCGGGGAGCGGAGUAAAGCCUCCUGCCUGACUGCGCCGCCUCGACCGGCGUGGAUGCUGCAAAAGGACUCCGGAUCUCUGCCUUCGCCAGGAACUGCCUUCUCUCUCCCGGCCGGAGAGACGUCCGCCUGAGCCGGGACGGGGACCCCACCUUCCCCGCACCCUCUUUUUGGUGCCUCGAGGAGAUGUUUUUGGGCGGCGUCACCCUUCCACUGAGGCUGCGGGGACAACGGGGGGGGCGGCGGGGAAGGAGAAACAGCAAUAACUCCUCUUGCUUUGCUCUAGCUGAGGGUCGUGGGGGGGUGUGGGGAGGGGAAGGGGGCUCUGACCCCUCGGCCUCGCUCCGCCGCGGGGGAGCGGAGAGGCCGGGAUGGGGUGACCGUAGGAGGAGGGAUCCUGAUGUGGGAAGAUGGGUGGGAGCGGGAUGGGCCUCCCCGGGCGGGAGGGCGGCAGGAAGGAAGGGGUGCAGCAGGGCUGGGGUUUUUUUUUGGGGGGGGGGGGGAAGAGGUUUCUUAGGGCCUGGCUCGAGUGCUGGAGCGCCUCGGGCCGGGCGGGAGGGCUGUGACAGCGGCGAGCAGGUCAUGCCAGGGUCCCCCCCCCCCUUUCGUCCCCCGCCCCCCCGGGCUGACCGCAGCGGUGCCCCUCUCCCUUUCUCUUGACACGUGCCUUUCUUUGCCACUGUGAAAAAGCUCUUUGAGUCGUGCUGCCCGGCUUCGCUGGGGCAGGGGGGGUUUGGGGGGGUCGGGCAGGGCUGAGCGCUGUCCUCGCUGCUGCCUGGGCAGGGGGGGCCGUAAGUGCUGCAAUCUUUUGGGGGGGGGACCUCAGGCUCUCUGUGCAACUGGAAGCCUUGCAAGGCUGCAAACUGGAGCUAGAGCUGUCCCCCUCUUUGUAGCUCGAGGUAAGGACCCCCCCAUGGGUGCUGUCCUCCCCCCGGGGGCUCCUGUGCCGUGGGGGCUGCGUCAAUCUGUGCCUCUUGCCCCCGCCCCGUCCCCCUCCUCGCUCCCUGGCUGCGAGUCCCGGCCGGCUCCAGCCCCAUCUCAGCUCGGUUUGGUUUUGUCCUGGGGUCUAACUCUUCUUUCUGUUUCUUACGUAUGUAAAACACUAAUUUUUUUUUUAAAUCUUUAAUUCAGAUGAACCAAAAAAAGAAAAAAAAAAAGCUUCCCCCUUCCCUCCUCUCCCGGGGCUGCGCGUGUCCCCGCGCGGGGGAAGGAGGGGAGCCGGGGGGGAACCUGCUGUUCCGUGUCUGAUUCCUGUGCACACUCUUGUAACGCUUUUCAAACAAAAUGAUUUUUUUAUAUAAAUAAAGUUUUUAAAGUGUG